CCCGCAGCGGCAAUGGCGACCGUCGGGGAGCGCAGGUCCCUGCCCAGCCCCGAGGCGAUGCUGGGGCAGCCCUGGAGCCACUGGGUGGACGCUGCGAAACUUCACGGGAACGACGGCACCGCUGUGGAAGAAAGUUUCAAGGAGUACGGGAAAAACCGAGAAGCGAUGCGACUUUGCAGAGAAGAUAUGCCAAUAUUUGGUCUUUGUCCAGCUCAUGAUGAUUUCUAUUUGGUGAUGUGUAACCACUGUAAUCAGGUCGUAAAACCACAGGCAUUUCAAUCACAUUAUGAAAGAAGACACAGCUCCUCCAGCAAGCCACCUUUGACCCCUCCCUCUUCAGUGUUUUCCUUCAUUUCAUCCCUGUCUUCAAAAAGCAAAGGUAGCAGCGGAAGUGGGAGCAGUCGUUCAUCUGGUGGAGGUACCAGUGCAGCAGCAUCAUCCAAUUCCAAGUUGCUGAAAUUGCCCAAAGACAAGCUGCCGAUCAGUGGAAAUAAUAGAUUAAUGCAUCCGGUACAUCACAGCAAAGUUCCCCAUGAUAAAAUCAUGACUCCAUCUGUCAAAGUGGAAAAGAUGCAUCCAAAGAUAGAUGGUGCACUAUUGAAAACUGCUGUUGGUCCAACUUGUUCUACUACUGUGAGUUCCUCAAUAAAGACUGGCCUUAAUUGUCCCUCAAUACCAAAGCCACCCUUGCCUUCCCCUGGACAGAUACUGAAUGGUAAAGGUCUUCUCUCUGUGCCUCCAUUUUUGGAAAAGAAACCAGAAGAUAGUACAAAUAAUAGGAAAUUUUUACAUAAAAGAUUGUCAGAGAGAGAAUUUGAUCCUGAUAUAUACUGUGGAGUCAUUGAUGUGGAAACCAAGAAACCCUGUACAAGGUCUUUGACAUGCAAGACACAUUCCUUAACCCAGCGGAGGGCUGUACAGGGUCGAAGAAAGAGAUUCGAUCUGUUGUUAGCUGAGCACAAAAGCAAAACCAGGGAAAAGGAUAUGCUUCGACAUCCGGAUCAUCAUCAGCAAAUGCCCCCUCUCAGGGAACCACAUCCCUCACCUUCUAAAACUUCCCAGGAGCUGCACCAAAAUUCUCAUGGAGUUCCUCCUACAGAAUCAAAGCCCUUAGUACCCAAUAAACCCAAACCUCAGCCCCCCAGUCUUCCAAGGCCUCCAGGCUGCCUAGCCCAGCAUAGUGGGAAUACCCCUAGUGACUCUCUGUCAGUCCACGAAUCUCCACACCCUCCCUUGCCUGCAACUGAGCCAGCUUCUCGGUUAUCCAGCGAUGAGGGGGAAUGUGAUGAAAAAGAAGAGCCCGUCGAAAAACUGGAUUGUCAUUAUUCAGGUCAUCAUCCUCAACCAGCUGCGUUUUGCACAUUUGGUAGUCGGCAAAUUGGAAGAGGUUAUUAUGUGUUUGACAAGCGAUGGAAUCACAUUCGAUGUGCGCUUAACUGCAUGGUGGAGAAACAUCUUAAUUCACAGAUGUGGAAGAAAAUUCCCCCAGCAUCUGGUAACACAGCAUCUGUUCGUGCCCCACAUCGGACAAACUCUAUGCCUACUUCACAGUAUGUCAGUGUAACAGGUUUCCUUUUGCCCAGCACGGUUAUGUCAUCGCCAGCGUUGGUUUCUCCUUCCUGUGUGUCUCUUAACAGUAAAUCGGUACCAUCCCAUGGAACUACACUAAAUGCCAAUCCUUCUACCUUGGGUGCAGUGGAUCCUGUCUGCAGUAUGCAAUCAAGACAAGUGUCUUCGUCCCCUUCGACACCUACAGUGCUUUCCUCGAUACCUUCACCUAUGCCCAGCAAACCUCAGAAAUUGAAAUCCAGCAAGUCUUUUAAACCUAAGGAAUCUUCUGCUAGCAGCGCCGACUGUAACAGCACCAGUAGCAACAGUAGCAGCGGCGGCUCAGGAAAGAAACGUAAAAACAGCUCCGCACUGCUAGCACCUUCUUCUCAUUCCACAGAGUCCUUUAGGAAAAACUGUGUGGUUAACUCUGGAAACUCUGGGACCUCUUAUCAUUCGUCUGUGACAUCUUCGUCCCAUAGCGUCGGCCUCAAUUGCAUGACGAGUAAAGCUAACUCGGUUAGUCUCAAACAUGACCAGUCAGGGAGGGGCCCUCCUACCGGAAGCCCUGCAGAAUCAAUUAAAAGAAUGAGUGUGAUGAUGAACAGCAGUGACUCCACUCUUUCCUUAGGGCCAUUUGUUCACCAGUCCAGCGAACUGACUGUCAAUUCACACAGCGGUUUUUCACAUUCGCAUACUUCCCUAGAUAAAUUCAUAGGAAAGAAAAGAAAGUGCUCACCUGGUUCCAGCAGCAUCAACAGCAGCAGCAAAGCAAACAAGGUUGCCAAAUUGCCCCCGGUGAACAACGUUCAUGCAAAACACACCGGUGCAAUCGCAGGGACACAAGGGCUGAUGAACAAUUCACUUCUUCAUCAGCCAAAGGCACGUCCCUGAUAGCUGAAUAUGCCAUGGUGAGAAAAGAACUGGACACUUUUCACUACAAGCAAAACCUCCAUCUGGAAUUCUGGACUCCAAGAUGCCUUUGAGUUAUCCCAGCUUCCCAUUGUCCUCAGGUGUGGAAAUCUACUGGACUGUCAUUCAAACAAGGAAUUUCCCUGAAGCCAUGUCUGUAGCAGUGAAUAUAUUAUAAACGGACACUGGAUGAAGUUCGGCCACAUAAUUGCUCUUAUCAGUGUUAAUGGUGGUCUGGACUGCUUGCUACAAAUCUGAGAUUUUCCUUAUGGGAGUACAUCAUCUUGCCACUAUUUAACAUGGAUUGGCUGGGCAAAAGAAUGUGUGGGGAAAACCAUUACUGUGGACUUUUUUAAACUGAUGGUGUCUUCUGUCGGUUGUCAGCCACCAGAGACGCUAUCGACUGAAAGGACCCCUUGAGAAGGGGGCACAGCGUGUUAGGCACAAUGAAAAGAAGCCCUCAAGAAGGGAAUACGGCUUUAGUGUUUUUAUAGCAAUGUUCCUUUAAUGGAAAACAAAAAUAGCACAAUUCAAAAACAAAUAACUAGUCUGCGUUUUGCCCAGCCUUUUGCAAGUAAUUUGGGAUAAGAAGCUAUCAGGAGUUUUAAGAACUUGUUUGAGGCCAUCGGUCAAAAGCAAGUAUAGAAAAAAUAAAAGUUGUACUUGCAUGGUACAAAAGCAAUUUUCAGUUACUUUGAAUAAGAUUUGAUGGCGAAAGAAAGUAAACAUGAAUUACUUUUGCUGAAGGAGAUCCAAAUACACAAAUAUCAAAUCGGCAAAGGCAAAUAACCUAUAAAACAAUGCCCAAAGAACAUAUUUCUUGACCUAUACUGUACACCCCGGGCCUUUUGUUGUUUUAAAAGAGAGCUAUAUCAAAUGAAUUAGGUUGGUAUUGUUCUUCAGCCUGUAAAAGUAGCCCUUUUAAAACUGAAUAUUUAAAUAUUUUCUGAAAGAAUUUCCAUUAGUUUCUGCCUUGUUCACGUAACCAAACCAUUAACACUUGUUAUGCUUUCAGCCACCCCCAAUGCCAUUUUUCAGGAUGCUGCACUAGAUGCUGGCUGGUUUAACAACCGAGUUCAGCUUCAAGUGAACCUGUAUGCAUUCCUGGCAUCUUUCCAUACAUGCAAAUGUUUGAUGAAUAAAGGAGGCUUUACUGUUUUAUAUAGUCCAGUCAGUUUUUAUGAGCUAUUUUAUCUUGCUUCAAAACACCUCGCAGUGAAAUCCUUUUAAAGGGCUUAGCAUUAUGAUAAUUUUAAUUGAUCUGGAUAUUUUUCAUUUUAAGAUGAGUUAAUUUGAAACUUCACCUGGAAUUCUAUUAAGUGACAAAGUGGAGGAAACAAAUUAUAAACCAAGAAUAUCCUCUUCUGCCUUAAAGGGGCACCAGCUAUUGCUGAGACCAGACAAUCUGAGCCUAGCAAAUUGUUCACAAAGCCCAGCCUUCUCCCCGUUACAGUGGCACAUAAUACAUCAGGGAUUUUAAAGCCACUAAAAGUAGCAGUUGCCUGGUUGUUUACCUGUUAAUGUCUUCAGGCCAAGAUGAACUUGCUACAGAAUUAUUAUACAGCAAAACAACAAGAAGCCUCUAUGCAGACGCUUUAGCUUUGAGUUUAUAUAAAAGAUCGUAUUUAAAGAGCAAAGCAAAGUACUUUAGACCGUUAUUAUGCAAACAUAAAAAUAACUCUGUGUCAGGAACAAAGAAUUAACGCUUAAUUAAGGUACCCAACUUGAAAGGAUGGUUUAAAAUGGAGAUUGGUUUACUUUUAAAAGAACCAAAGCAAUAUGCUCGUUUGACAAAGAGCAAGGGAAAUAUGUUGGAUCUUGCACAUUCAGAGUGAAAUCACAGUCCCAAUGGGGCCAGAAUUUUGGCCCUGUGUGUUUUCAGUCACAAGUGCAAUUUGGUCUUGAUCAACUAAACACGUUAAAAAAAAAAAACAGCGGAAAUUUCCAUUAACGAACCUUAGCAACUUUCAGUGAUUAAACUUUUUUAGGUUCUGAAAGGCUCUGUCAAUCUGAAAGCAUAAUGGCAAAUCGGAGCUGGUUCAAGAACACCCAGACGUUCAAAGAAGUUAGUACUUCGCCCGCGUGCUUUGCUUGGAGCCAUUUUGUAACGCUGUCUGCAUUAUGGCUCUGGUGGUAAGCUCUUGGGAAUAAAAACCAGGACGUCUCAAAUUCUGUCAGCUCUCGAGCACAGACCUACUUAAAUGUUACGUUUUAGUUCUUGGGUAUAAGCAGAACACUGUUCCUGAAGCUUUUAUUGUCUCAUCGUUCUUACUGUAAAUAAUUAAGGAAGCUUAAAAUUAAUUUUCCUUGCAAAAUUGGAUUUGCAGUGGCUGGGUUGUUUCUAGACAGAUUUUGGUAUUAAUUUAAGAGAUGCGAUUUUUAUAGUCUUUCCAACUUCUCGUUACGACUCCUGCAGUUUUCUUAACCUAAAAAAUUGCUGCAAUGAUGAACAAAGAAUUAUACAAAAAAGAAAAAAAAACGUACUUUUGUAUCUUUAUUUUGGAAUUUCUUGUUCUAUUAUAAAUAUUGAAGUAUCCCUAUUUCAGAAGACAUAUUUUGUUAAUUGAUUGUACAUAUUUAAAUAUGUAUUUUUGCACAGGUCUUUUUUUCUUAUAUCCAGUUUUGGUACAGUUGAGAUCAUCUAGUAUUUAUUUAUUAAUUAAUUAAAGAAAAGCAAAUACCUUUUUUAUAAUUUGAAGUGGUUCACUGCCAAGCCAAUAGUAACAUGCCUACUUUGCUACUUAAGGGAUGCCUCUGUUUUGUGAAAGUUGUGUCCCUUUUCAUGUCUUGGGAGUGGAUACCUAUAACCUAAAGGCCAGCGCCUGCAGUCCGAUUUGUGGAAGAGCCUGAUUGCAGGGCGAGGCUUGAACGGUCUAGCUGGCAUUGCUUAUCAGCUGCCUGAUUCCCAGAAGACUACAUUUAGUUAAGUGACACACUGCUUCUCUUUUUUUAGUAUUUGUGUGCGUGUGUGUGUGCGUGCGCAUUUGUGUGGGUCUCGUGGUUUUAACUAAUGGAAAAACUGAAAGUGCCUGAUAUAACUAGUUUUAUGCUUGGACUGUUUAGACAGCUUCUCCUUAAAAGACUUGAAUGUUCAGUUGAAACUUUUGGAGCUUGCUUUUUCCACCUACCUAUUAUUUCCAAAACUUUGAUUAGAAGGGGUUCAUAACAAACAAAGAAAAAAACCAACAAAGAGAAAAGAUCAAUGCUGGCAAGUUUUGUAAAGCAUUUUGAAUAGAAUAAUUUGUGUUGAAACAAUCCUGUUGAUAAUGCAUCUUACAAUAAUGCCAAGGGUUAGAAAAUUUUUUUGCAAUCAGCUAUGUACGCAACUGUCUCUUUUUGGUUAUUCUUUCAUUAAGUACACCAUUUCAAAGGAAAAAAAAGAGAGAAACAGCAAAUGUUCAGAAUAUUUUGUAUUCCAGGGGAAAAAAAUUAAAAAAAACAAACCCAAAAAAACC